CUUUGUUUUUCCAGGACGGCGGGAAGGAUGCAGCGCGCUGCAUGGUAAGUUUUGACCCGAGUGCCAUGCUAACGCGUCCAUCUGUUACUAACAGGGAAGGCUCAAAACUCCACCGGAUUUGGUGUUCCCAACAUCUUGGACCUUGUCUGCAGGCUGCUGGAGGGUGACUACUUGUUCUAUUUGCCAGUGAAGAACCUGGGAUGGAACUUGCGGGCUGCCGUUACCCCUACAACAAACAUGGUAGAGGAGUACUCAACACUCAAAGGUGACAGGAACGCCUUGUGUGGAGGGUCACCAGUGUUCCCGGCCGAGGAAUUUCCAGUAAGGCUGCCGUUGUGCGGGAUCCGGUCCAACCGGCUCCUGAGCUCGCUGGUGCUGCACCGCCCGCCAAACUCAGCACUCCCACACUACUACACGAUUGUCAAUGCCAGCGCUCACGCGCGUCUCUGGCUCGGCCGCUACGACCUCCGGGUCUACUACGACCACAGCUUGACAUACGGCGAGAUGUGUACCCCUGGAGCUGCUUUGGCCGAGGAGGAGGUAGGCUUUUAUACUCCUCCACAUUCCAGCUAUGGAAACACUGUACUUAUAUUCAAGCCCUGAGCGAUGGUUUCAUGGUGGAGCGCCGGCAGUCGUUAGUGGAGGUUAAA